AUGGACGACGCGGCGCCGUUUUAUCAACCCACGCAGCAGCUCGCGCCGCCCGCGGCGACAUCCCCGCCGGUCGCGGAGCGGACGACCUCGACGCCGCCGGGAGGGUCGAACCGAAGGCGCUCGCCGCGCGGCGGCAGCGGCGGCGGCGGGGCGGUCUCCCCCGACGUCGGCGCUGCGGUCGCGCGGUCCGCGCUCGAGGACGACGACGUCGUCGCGGAGACGCAGGAAGAGAGGGAAGAGGAAGAGGCCGCCGACGACGACGCCGCCGCCGACGACGCCGCCGCCGCCGCCGCCGACGACGAGAUGAUGAUGAUUCAGCCCACGCAAGCGGCGCCGCCGCGCUUCUCCGCGUCGCCCGGAUCCGUCGGUCUCACCGACUUUGAACGCGAGCGACGGCGCAACAUCAAACGCAACGAGACGAUCAUGGCGUCGCUGAACAUCGCGACGGCGACGGCAAAGGCCCCGGCGAAGCCGUCGGCGGCGGCGGAACCCGCGCCGGCGACGCCGCCGGCGCCGGAAUCGGCGCGGCCGGCGGCGCCCGUCGUCGACGCGUGCGCGGGGGACGCGGCGGCGCGAUUCAUCCGCGCGCGCCUCCUCUCCGGGUAUCACGACAACGCGCCGUCGCGCGCGGACUUGUGCUUCUGCCCGGAGUUGUCUUCGCAUCAAAAACACCUCGUGGACAUCCUCACCAACACGAUAGAGGGCGGCCAGAACAACAGCGUGCUUCUCAUGGGCGCGCGAGGAAGCGGAAAAACGACGGCGCUCGACAGCGCGUUGAAGGAGCUCAAGGCGACGCACGGCGAGAAGGUGUUACCCGUGCGCUUAUCCGGGAUGUUACACUCGGACGAGAAAGUCGGCAUGCGCGAGAUCGCGUGCCAGCUGUGCGACGCCGGGGAGGAGCUCGAGUUCAACCGCGCCGCCGGGUUCGCGGAGAACGUCGCGUUCAUGCGCGAAGUCUUGAGAGCGCUCGAAGGCGGCGGCCGCGCGGUGAUUUUCAUCCUCGAGGAGUUCGACCUCUUCACGCUCAGAGGCGCGUCGUCGAAGCAGACGCUGCUGUACAGCAUCAUGGACCUCCUGCAGCAACCGCACGUCAGCGCCGCGGUCGUCGGCGUGACGUGCCGCCACGACGCCGUGGAGCUCCUCGAGAAGCGCGUCCGGAGCCGGUUCGCGCAUCGCCGCGUGUUGUUGGCGCCGCCCGCGGGACGAAUGAAAGCCGCGGCGCUCGUCCGACACGCGCUCAGGCUCCCGGAGUGCGACAAACAGGGGGCGGAGGAGGAGGACGACGAGAAGAAGCGAGAAAUUUCGAGCGUCUUCGUCUACCCGCCCGAGCCCGGGUACGCGCGUCGGUUUAACGCCGCGUUGGACGACGCGUUAUCCAAACCCGCGGCGGCGAACGCGUUGACGCAGUUUGAAUACCUCGAGUGCACGCCGCGCGCCGCGGCGGAUCUCGCGCUCGUGACGCUGUCGAGGAUGAACCGCGCGCUCGGGACGAUCACCGCUGACGACAUCGCGCGCGCGACGCAGACGCAGAUGGCGGACACGUACGUGCGCUCGCUGAGCUCGAGCAGCGUCUUGGAGCUCUGCGCCGUCGUCGCGAUGUCGAGGCUGCACCGGAUCCGGCGCAUGCUGAGUUUUAACUUUAAACACGUCGAGAGCGAGCUUCGCACGAUGGCGUCGAACGACUUUUUGGGCGAGGCGGGCAGAGCGAAGCAGCCCGUGCUCGUGCGAGCGUUCGAGGGGCUGCUGUCCAUGGGGCUCGUCGAGGCGAAGCAUCACAACGGCGGCGUUCGGAAAGCCGGCGGCGAGCCGCCGUUUCGACAGAUUCAACUGCUCAUCACGGACGAGGAGGUGGAAACCGGCGUCAAGAGGCACCCGCAGGCGCCCGCGGGGUUGAUCGACAUGCUCACGCACGAGGGCGUGAGGAUGACGACGGGGUGCUGAUGCGAUGAAGCAGACGGUCGAGAGAGCGGUGGUGGGGGCGGCGGUGGGGGGACGAGGACGGCGCGACGGACGAGAUCCUCUAUUUUAGAUUCAUUCGG